AUGUCCAUUCUGGUGUCAGGUGCUGGCAUUGGGGGCCCGCACUUUGCCUACUGGGCGACCAAAGCUGGCUUUGACGUCACUGUCAUUGAAAAGGCCCCCAAGCUACGCAAGUCUGGACAGAAUGUCGACAUCCGGGACGCUGCGCUCGAGAUCAUCAAGCGGACGGGCACCUAUGAACAGAUCUUAGCCAGCUCGACGGGUGAGGAAGGGCUCUAUGUCGUCGACGCAAACAAUCGCGUCUGGGGUUCCUGGCUCGUCGAUAAGAGCGGCAAGAAUGCGUCGCCCACAUCUGAGAAUGAGAUCUUGCGUGGCACACUGGCAGACGUGCUCUACCAGGCAACGAAGGAGCGUGUCGAGUACAUCUUUGGUGAUCAUAUCACCGCCGUCACAGAUCUCGACGACGGCGUACAAGUCGGUUUCGCCAGCGGCAAGCCUGAACGCAAAUUCGACCUGCUCGUCUGCGCUGAUGGUAUGUACAGCUCAACCAGGAAGCUGAUCUUCCCCGAGCUCGGCAAAACUUGCCUCAAAUCAUUAGGAGUCGUGAUGGCCUACUUUGCCGUGCCGCUCCAGAAAACUGACGACAUGUUCGCUCGCGUCUGGACGACAACAGCCGGCCGCUGCCUCUUCAUACGUCCCGAUAAGCUUGGCGUCAUGCGUUCCUUCCUCAUCACUCGAAAGACAGCGAUCUUCGACGACAUCUACAAGGUCUCACCCGAGAAACAAAAGCAGAUGUUUUAUGAAGCCUGGCAAGGCGCAGGCUAUGAGACGCAACGCAUCAUAGACGGCAUGAUGAAAGACGAUGACUUCUACGUGCAGGACGUCAUCCAAGUCAAGACGGAAACUUGGUCUCGCGGUCAUUCGACUCUGCUCGGCGAUGCGGGCUACUGUCCGAGCGUCUUCACCGGCAUGGGUACGAGUCUGGCUAUUCUCGCCGGCUAUGUACUCGCAGGCGAGCUCAUGGUAGCGAAGAAGGGCGAUAAAGUUGACGUGGCUCAGGCGCUCGAGGGAUAUCAGGCUAAAUUGCGUCCGUAUGUUCUCGAAGUACAGCAGCUACCUCCCGGCUUCCCACUCCUCGCCUUGCCACAGUCACGUUUGGGUGCUCUGGCUGUCAGGGUUGUGUUCGCCAUCGCCUCCCUACUCACGCCGCUGCUCGUCUACUUGCAGGGCGGCGGUAUCGAGCUGGAAUACAAGCUGCCUGCAUACGAGUGGCCAGAUGCUGCUGACAAGUAA